CCAUCGGUCCUGUGAGCUGCAGGGGAGACGCUCACUCCGUGUGUCAGUGAGUCUGAGCGGCUGUCUGUGCUCCGGGGGUCUGGGCUGUCUCAACUAUCACUCUCCAACCACCGAAGCUCUGCUGCACCAUGCUGACCCGUCUGUUCCGUAUGCACGGCCUCCUGGUGGCCUCCCACCCCUGGGAGGUGAUCGUUGGCACAGUCACCCUCACUAUCUGUAUGAUGUCCAUGAACAUGUUCACUGGCAACGACCAAAUCUGUGGCUGGAACUUUGACUGCCCCAAAACAGAGGAGCAAAUCCUCAGCAGUGACAUCAUCAUCCUGACCAUCACACGCUGCAUCGCCAUCGUUUAUAUUUACUUCCAGUUCCAGAACUUGAGACAACUGGGGUCAAAAUAUAUUUUAGGCAUUGCUGGUCUUUUCACCAUAUUCUCCAGCUUCGUAUUCAGCACAGUGGUCAUUCACUUCCUGGAUAAAGAGCUCACGGGCCUCAAUGAGGCUUUGCCGUUCUUCCUGCUUCUCAUCGACCUCUCCAAAGCAUGUGCUCUCGCCAAGUUCGCCUUAAGCUCUAGUUCUCAGGAUGAGGUGAGGGAGAACAUUGCUCGUGGCAUGGCAGUACUGGGACCUACCUUCACUCUGGACGCCCUGGUGGAGUGUCUAGUGAUCGGAGUGGGAACUAUGUCAGGUGUGCGGCAGCUGGAAAUCAUGUGCUGCUUCGGCUGCAUGUCGGUCCUGGCCAACUACUUUGUGUUCAUGACUUUCUUCCCUGCGUGUGUCUCCCUGGUGCUGGAGUUGUCCCGUGACAGUCGGGAGGGACACCCGAUCUGGCAGCUGAGCCAAUUCUCCAGAGUGAUGGAGGAGGAGGAGGACCACAAACCCAACCCCGUCACGCAGAGGGUCAAAAUGAUCAUGUCUCUGGGCCUGGUGAUGGUUCACGCCCACAGCCGCUGGAUCGCUGAGCCCUUGUCCAUCCACACCUCAGGGGGCAUCCCUCAGGUGGGCAUGGAGCUGGACAGCCUCUCCCCCAGGAGGAUCGAGCCAGAGAAACCACUUUGGCACUUCUACCUCACCAGGAUGAUCACCAUGGACAUAGAGCAGGUGAUCUGCCUGGCUCUGGCCCUGCUGCUGGCCAUCAAGUACAUCUUCUUUGAGCAGGUCGAGAUGGAGUCUACGCUGUCACUGAAGAACCCCAUCACCAUGUCCGCCCCCAGCCCCCGGCGGCGCACUGAGAGCUGCUGCAGGACAGAGCCAUGCCCCCCCCGACCCCUCGCCCCCGCCCCGCCACCCGCCAACAAGGCAGAGAGAGAUGAAGUGAUCCGGCCCUUGUCUGCCCCGGCCGCCGACACCCAGCCUAAGAGCCACUUUGUGGUGGGGGGGGAAGAGGAGGAGCUCAAGGUUGAGAGCAAUCAGCCCAGCCUCCCCGAAAAACCCAGAGACCUUGACCAAUGUGUGGCCAUCCUCAACAACCCUGAGAUGGGGGCUCGUUUCCUGAGCGAUGCUGAGGUGAUGCAGCUGGUCAACUCCAAACACAUCCCUGCAUACAAACUGGAGGCCAUGAUGGAGAAACCGGAGAGAGGAGUGGCCAUACGCAGACAGAUGUUGUCCUCCAAACUGCCCUCUCCCUCUGCACUGUCCUCCCUGCCAUACACCCACUAUGACUACUCCAAGGUGAUAGGCACAUGCUGCGAGAACGUGAUUGGCUACAUGCCCGUACCUGUGGGCGUGGCUGGACCCCUGCAUCUGGAUGGGAAGCAGUUCCAGGUUCCAAUGGCAACCACAGAGGGUUGCUUGGUUGCCAGCACUAACCGUGGUUGUCGAGCAAUCGCUCUGGGAGGCGGAGCCAACUGUCGUAUCCUGGCCGACAGCAUGACGCGAGGACCCGUGGUGAGGCUGCCCUCUGCCUGCCAUGCUGCGGAGGUCAAGGCCUGGCUGGAGAGCACGGACGGCUUUCAGGCCAUCAAAGACGCCUUUGACAACACCAGCAGGUUUGCUCGGCUGCAGAAGCUGCUGGUCGGUCUGGCCGGGAGGAAUCUCUACAUCCGCUUCCAUUCCAAGACCGGGGAUGCAAUGGGGAUGAAUAUGAUCUCGAAGGGUACAGAGCAGGCUCUGAGCAUACUGCAGCAGCACUUCCCAGAUGUGCAGGUGAUAGCUGUGAGCGGGAACUACUGCACCGACAAGAAACCUGCUGCCAUCAACUGGAUCGAAGGCCGGGGCAAGUCUGCCGUCUGUGAGGCCACCAUCCCCGCUAAAGUGGUCAGAGAGGUGUUGAAAACAACAACAGCAGCUCUGGUGGAGGUGAACAUCAGUAAGAACCUGGUGGGCUCAGCCAUGGCCGGAAGCAUCGGAGGAUUCAACGCACACGCAUCCAACCUGGUGGCUGCCAUCUACAUAGCCUGUGGACAGGAUCCAGCCCAGUCAGUGGGCAGCAGUAAUUGCAUCACCCUGAUGGAGGCGUCAGGACCGACUGGGGAGGAUCUGUACAUCACCUGCACCAUGCCCUCCAUAGAGCUGGGGACUGUAGGGGGAGGAACCAGCCUGCCCCCCCAGCAAGCCUGCCUCCGGAUGCUGGGCGUGCAGGGCGCCAGUCUGGACUGUCCCGGGGAGAACGCGCGGCAGUUGGCGCGGGUAGUGUGUGCCACCGUGCUGGCUGGAGAGCUCUCACUGAUGUCUGCUCUCGCUGCAGGCCACCUGGUCAAGAGUCACAUGACACACAACAGAUCCAAAGUGAACCUACAGGAGCCAGGGACGUGCACAAAGAAAGCCUCCUGAGAGCCUCCUGCAUUGAGCCCAGGUCACAGGACAGAGCAGUAAAUAUGGACAAUAUGGAAGAGAACAAUUAUUCAUUAUUCAUCGAAUCAGAGCUCAGCUGUCUUUCAAGGGCUUUCAACGAAACACUGGAGUGUCUUUGGACCAAUCUCUAUGCUGGAUAUGAUGCUAAUCAGACUCUUCGGUGGAAAUAUUUCAUUUUCUGUAUCUGUGUGUGUUUAUGGGGCUGGCUUCUUUUAUUCCCACAUGUACAGUAAGAAUGCUGUCUAGCUGUUCUGCUUCAAAUGUUUCUGCUGUCCUGUUGCCAAAUGAAGCAGUGUGAAACAGACACAGGGAAUGUUUGUGACUGCUGAAUGUGCAUGGGAACACAUGACCAGACUGAAUAUAAUGAAUCAUACAGUGUCACAGUUUUCAGCCCAUACAGUUCUGUGAACCAUGCAGACAGAAUAACCAUAACAGACUCAAGAAGGAAUGAAUAAGGGAACAUAUGAAUAAUUAAUUAUCUGGAUCCAAGAGGCACUCUAAAAGUAUGAUUGCAAACCUCACUUAAGGCUGACUUCCUCUCACAACAGGUGGGGUCCCAAUCAAAGAAUCAUUUAAUCAUCAGCCCCUUCCUGUUGGGAUCAUACAUUCUAAUUACCAUAAGGAAACAAAUUCUCAACCCACCCGCAGUGCAUUUCCUGUCACAAAAAAAGGACUGAAGAACAGUGUUCUUAUGUGUGAUGCAAACCAUCGCAUCAGGGGUGUCCAAACUAGUUUUAGCUGAGGGCCACAUACAGAAAAAUAUAAAAAAAGUACAUUUAUAAGAAAUGACUGAAUUUAUUUGAAAAGGAAAAAAAGUUGGCCCCCGGGUCAUAGUUUGGACACCCCUGAUCUACAGAAAGUGACAGACUCUUCCAUUCGGUUGCAUUUUGAAGUGCAUUAGCAUGCAGCGCUGAUGCUUCAGAGGGUAAUGUAUGCAGCUGUGGAGCGGGUUAAAUGAAUGCAGUUAUAGUGAGUCUCCUGUGAAAGCAGUGGAAGGCAAACAUUUUGGAUAUAUUUUGUAAUAAAUACAAAAGGACUUAAACAACGA